AUGGCAAUGCCUAGUACAGGUCAGAUAUGUCGACAUCAGUUGGUUGUGAUGACGAUGAGUAUCCUCGCUGAUUGGAUGCCUUUGGCCCCACUCACGGACGAGGAAAUAUAUGGCACAGGAGUCAGUAUCAAAGAAAAGCUCAGCGAAGAUAUUUCCGAGGAUACUUGUAUUGAAAUUAAAGAAGAAUCUUUUGAUUAUGCAGAUCAAGAGGUAGAUGAGGUGAACGACGAGAAAGUGAAACAUAAAUGUCUCUACUUUCAUAAUUUCGAUGAACUAAAACAUAAAUCAAAUGCAAAGAACAUGUGUAAGUUGGUUCAGGAUCGUUAUGCCAUGUUGUUAAGAGCGCCAUUUGUGCCUGAGAAUUCUCUGAAUAAGAUUUCAUCAGAUGGGGUUCAGCUGUUACAUAAGAAAAGUCUUAAGCAGGAUAAACAACCAAAAGUGGAAGCUACAUUGAAAAGAUUUGCAUGUGAAGUAUAUGGCAAGAAAUUCUCUCAAAAGAGAAAUAUCAACAUUAAUAUGAGAGUUCACACAAAAAAGAAGCCAUACAGUUGUGAGAUUUGCAGCAAGACCUUCUCUCAGAAAUGCCUACUAGCAAGGCACAUGAUAGUACAUACGAAGGAGAAGCCAUUCAGCUGUGAGAUUUGCAUCAAAGCCUUCUCUUGUAACUAUUAUCUAGUAGAGCACAUGAGA